AUGGCAGCACAACAGCCAGGUGCACCACAACGGUUCUCUAAGGAGCGGCAAGAUACCACUCCACUACCCCCACAAUUGUGGUCCUAUCACCCACGAUUGUGUGGCGCAAAGGCGAAAACGGAGAAGAGAGUGGUGCAAGGGAACACUGGAGCUUAUGGUGCGGACCCUCUGCUCAAUUCCCAAUUCCCAAUUCUCAGGCGUGCCUACGCUCGCUCCUCAGAAGCUGUGCGCACCACAGCAACCGUGAUCGCCGCCACAGCGAACGUUGCUUCUUCGAUGCCUUCCCCAUCCCAAACACCACCGUCGCCGUCGCUUCCCUGCUUCCACUGUCACGCCCUUCCUCCUUCUCACAAUCUCGAAGACCUCCCUUGCCUCCAAUCAAUGACAUGGACCAUGGAGAAUCGUCGCUCAUCCCCUGCAGAUAAAGUCGCUAUAAUCACCCUUAAGCUGCAUGAUUAUAGCAAAUCUCCAUCAGGUGAAACUGAGGUUAAGUUUCAGCUCACAAGAGACACACUUGAAGCUAUGCUGAGAUCCAUGACAUACAUCAGGGAACAACUAAAUGCUGUUGGGACUUCUUCCGGGCCCGCAAGCAAGAAACAAAAGCAGUAGCUUGUUUUCCAGUAGCUCCCAAGUCAUGAUACUUCAUAUAUUAAGAUAAAUAUCUUGUACUUCUAAACAACGAUAAUAAAAAAUAGAGCUAGUAAAAGAAAUGAUAACUCGGAUGUAUGUUGUAAUGGCAUUUGCCUUUUGAAUAUAUAUUCGAUGUUAUAACUGAUUUUAGUCCCUAUAUUUCUUUGAUGAAUGCCAUUAAGUAACCUUCGUUA